CGCGGUCCACCGGUGAACACGCGCCGAAUCGAUCGGCCCCUGCCGCCUGCCUAUACACGACCAUCACACACCAAGCUGCAAGCACUUGUUCCACUCGCACACCACACCCCGGCAAAGCGACCGAGAGCAGCCUCUGCAACUCUCUCUCUCUAUCGAUCGCCGGGCCACGCAGCAGGCAGCAGCGACGCGCGCACACAAGUGAAGGGGAAGUGGUUGGGGGGGGGGUUUCUCGUCCUGGCUAUGAGAGGUUUAAGGCGGUGGCUGCCGUUCUGCGGCGGCGGCUGCUGCUGCUGCGGUGAAGGAGGCGCCGGCAGGGGAGGGGGCGUGGCGGACGGACUGGUGUGGGAUGUGGCCCUCAAGGCGCACGCGUCCGGUGACUACUCCAUCGCCGUGGCGCAGGCGAACGAGUCGCUCGAGGACCAGGCGCAGGUGCUGGCGGCCCCGGCCGCCACGCUCGUCGGCGUCUUCGACGGGCACGGCGGGCCCGAGGCCGCGCGGUUCGUCAACAGGCGCAUCUUCUCCCAUAUCCAAGGCUUUGCGGCUGAGAACGGGGGCCUGUCGGCGGAGGUGCUCCAGAAGGCGUUCGGCGCGACGGAGGAGGAGUUCAUAGGCCUGGUGCAGAAGUCGUGGCCGUCGCAGCCGAGGAUCGUCUCCGUGGGCUCCUGCUGCCUGGUGGGCGCCAUCGAGGGCGGGACGCUGUACGUGGCCAACCUCGGCGACUCGCGCGCCGUGCUGGGCCGCCGCGGCGGCGGCGGCAAAGGGAAUAGGCGUGUGGUGGCGGAGCGCCUGUCGCAGGACCACAACGUCGCCGACGAGGACGUGCGGCGGGAGGUGGCCGAGAUGCACCCGGACGAGCCGCACAUCGUGCUCAACAGCCACGGCGUGUGGCGGAUCAAGGGGAUCAUCCAGGUGUCGCGGUCCAUCGGCGACGUGUACCUCAAGAAGCCCGACAUCUGCAGGAACAACCCGGCGCUGCAGCAGUCCCUCUGCCCGUUCCCGCUGCGCCGCCCCGUGAUGAGCGCCGUGCCGUCCAUCACCACGCGGGAGCUGCGCCCGGGGGACCGGUUCCUCAUCUUCGCGUCGGACGGGCUGUGGGAGCAGCUCAGCGACGAGGCCGCGGUGGGCGUCGUGGCGAGCAGCCCGAGGAAAGGCGUGGCCAUGCGCCUGGUGCGUGCCGCGCAGCUGGAGGCGGCGCGGAAGAAGGAGGUCAAGUACGACAAGAUCCGGACCAUCGAGAAGGGCCAGCGCCGGCACUUCCACGACGACAUCACCGUCGUCGUGCUCUUCCUCGACAAGUGCAGGGGCGCCGCCAGGUCCGGCCCCGAGGACAUCGACGGCACCUAUGCGCCGCUGGACGUGUUCUCCUACAGCCCCGCCGGCGAUCACGAGGACCCGACCAAGCCCGUCCUGCGUCGUUGAGACGGAUCGAUCCGUGUUCCGCUCCGCGUGUUCUUCCAUUGCUUUGCUUCGCUCUCUAAACGAGAGAGGUGUACAUAGGAACCAUGCUUGAGUUGUUUCGUUUGGAAUGCAGGAAUCUUUGCCGAUUCUUGCAUGAAUUGAGUUGUUUCCCGUUCAAGGACAAUUCGCUUGUAAAGAAAUUAAUACAGUGUCAGGUCAUGUGUCAUUAGAUUGUAAAUCUUCAUCAAUCUCUUCUCACUCUCUUUUUUUAAAAAAAAAAUCUAUUGCAUCCAACAGUUCUAGCUA